CUCCCUAUAAAUCUCCCAUAACUAAGUGUACCUAGCUGUGUAUCCCAUGAGUAAUUCGUAUCUCCCACCAACCUGACUGCACUCUUUAUCAUGGGUCGACCCCGGCUUCAUGCAACGGCGGAAGAAAGAGCUGCUGCUGCGCGAAAAUAUAGACAGGAUUACUAUGAAAGGAACAAGAAAAUAAUAAGUGUGAAAAUGGCAGCCAAAUACAAAGCACGACGUGCGCGCAAGCCGGGCAUGAAAAAGCAUGAGCCUGCGGAGGCCACACAACCCAUCGGGCAUUCUCCACAGCCCGAGGGGCAUGUUACCGAACAAGAGACAUCCGUGUCGGAUAGCGAGAGUGAAUACGAGUCGCUGCCUGACAGUACUUCCCAACGCAUUGAUUUACAACAACGCAUCCAAGACAUUCAAACAGCAGUAGCAGAGACAACUGCUCUUCAUGCUGAGGACUACUUCGAGCAUCUCUACUCCAGCCUGACGAAAAACUCGAAUGAUUAUCAAGUCCGAUUAUCAAUAAUUUCGGACGCCAUGAAACUUUUAGAAGGACAUAGUUUGCAAGCCCGCACGUUAGAAGCAGAACUUGUGCAAGAGAAUAAGGCCGGGAAAUUGCUAUCCCAAGCACAAGAGCUCACACAGACAUUACGGGAUAUGACGGGAGCUGCUGAAGAGCUCUGGUGCUUCAUCGUAGACGAUCCAGAUGCUACGAAGCUCAUACAGCAAUAUUCUCGAAAAGAAUUGCGAUUUCAACGACCGAAUGUAGACAAAUGAUCACUUGACUUUUGUUUUUGACAUUGAUGAUAUACGAAGCGCCGGCGGCUGUUGAGCGGGGAUAUACUGAAUGCACAUGUACUGCGCAGUAUGAUCGAUGAUAGCAGAUAUCACUUGGGAAAGUAAAGUGAUCACAAACCGAAUAUCGUUUUUCUAAGCAAUCGCC